AUGAGGCAGGGAGCGGCACGGAUCCCUCAGAGGGAGCAGCGCUCGCAGCGGCCUUACAUGCUCUCCACGUGGCAAUCAUCUACCAGUUUGAGAAAGUUCCCUGGCCUACCAUUGUAUCAUCACCUGCUUCUCAUUCCACAACACACCUUCCCUCCCUCCCCCUUCUCCUCUCACUUCCCUUUGCUUGGUUCUCCUCUCACUUCCCUUUGCUUGGUUCUCCUCUCACUUCCCUUUGCUUGGUUCUCCUCUCACUUCCCUUUGCUUGGUUCUCCUCCCCCUCCCCCUGCUGUCUUCUCCCCUCUCUCCCCGUGCACUCUCUCUCCACUCGUACCCCCUCUCCCCUCUGCACUCCUGUUUAUCCCAGGCGGCCAACAGUGCUGGCAGUCAUUCAACGCUCACCCUGGCAACCCAAUCAGGUUCACCAACGCACCAAUGGGAACGAACGGGAAUGUGAAGAAUGGUGGCAGGGGAGGGGGACACGGGGAGAUGCUUGGAGCAUGCAUGCAGAGUGGCGUGGGGUGGGGUGGUGUGGGGUCGGUGGCCUCAGAAGAAACGCCUCGAUCACCCUUGCAGCUUCCUCCCUCGCUUGCUCUUCCCCUGCGUUCCCACAUCCCCUCGCUCCUUACUCACCCGCUCCUUCUCCGUCCGACAUAUUCCCCGUCGCUUCAUUGCCACUCGCUGCACCAACACCAGCACAACCUUUUGCAUCGCUCUCACUCAAUCCCAUCACACCUCCCCUGCCUUCCCCUUCUCCGUCCCCAUCACCCCUCCUCCACUGUCCAUGCUUUCCAUGUACCCCUGCGUCUGCUCCCACCCUCCUUCUAUCUCAAUGCCACGCCGCCUCCUCCCACUGCUGCCACCCUCGGCACUGCUCCUUCCUGCUGGGUGGGGAGAAGGGGGGGGCAUCGUGGGAUGCGGACAAUCUACUCCUCCGCGGCCUCAAUUCUCCCUCCCACGGCCUCAAUCCUCCCUCCCGCGGCCUCAAUCCUCCCUCCCGCGGCCUCAAUCCUCCCUCCCGCGGCCUCAAUCCUCCCUCCCGCGGCCUCAAUCCUUCCUCCCGCGACCCUAAUCCUCCUUCCCGCGGCUCUGCCCGCCGUCGCGGACGACCGACGCGCCGUCGCGGACGACCUGCGCGCCGACGCGGACGGUCAGCGCGCUGUCGCCAGCGACCUGCGCGCCGACGCAGCCGGCCAGCGCGCAACCGCUGACGACCCGCGCGCUGACGCGGACGGCCAGCGCGUGACCGCCGACGACCCGCGCGCUGACGCGGACGGCCAGCGCGCAACCGCCCGAGCCGCGCGCUGA